CGCUACAGAAAGACGCACAGCGACUAAGACGCACUGGGAGGAUUUUUGGUUGGGGCUCAGGUUAUGAACUUCAUUGAUGUUAUUUGGGGGGCUAUUGUGGUGUAAAUACAAAGUCUGUGCUCAGACUCAGCUUCUCUCCCAGUUGGGAAUUACUGGGACUAAAUGGGAUUUUGAGAAGCUAUCUGAUGAAUUACCUAUUGAUCCCAGAUCAGGAGUAUUUGUCUUCUCUGCAGACAUUGGGCAGAUCUUGUGCUUCAGCUGAGAGUAAACCAAAUCAAAUCACCCCCCCCCCCUUAUCUCAUAACCCCCUAAUGAUCAGCAGCAUGAUUACAUUGAAACCCGCACCAUGUAAUAUUAUAAUCCAGGCUAUUGGAGCAGGAGUGGGGGGGGGGAUCACUGGUGUUAGUGGAGGAGUUAGAGCACCGGUGGGCGCAUUCCUAUUGGCUCUCUGUGUCACAUGGAAACCCAACUUUGUUCACUUGACAGUUAGUAGGAGGGUUUUAGGAAAACAGGGAAACGUCCAGGGCUCUAGGAAUAAAUUGGACCUUGUUUUUUUUUUUUGCAAUUGGAAAGAAAUAAAUGAGAAUGAGUUCGUUUUUGAUCAGCUCCAACUAUGUGGAGCCCAAGUUUCCUCCCUGUCAGGAGUUUUCCCAUAGUGAUUACUCGCCCAGCGGCCAGUCUUUCAGCAGCUUUCAGCACGGGGCCCCCUACCCUCGAUCCGUGUCCAACAACAACAACAACAACGCGCCCUACUCCUCCUGCCUGAGAUCUGUGCGUCAUGGCGCAAGGCUUCCACAUUCAUCUACACUUCUCCCUGGCGACAAAGCGCACGUGAAAUCCCACAUUACCCCCAGUCCAUCCUGCAGCCUCAUGUCCUCAGAGCACAAGUACCCCGACUCCCCGGAGCACGACCCAGUGUUGUACCCCUGGAUGAAGAAAGCGCACAUCUCCAAGGCCACUGACUCUGAUGGAGAAGCCAAGAGAUCCCGCACAUCUUACACCAGGCAGCAAGUGCUCGAACUGGAGAAGGAGUUUCACUACAAUCGCUAUCUGUCCCGCAGGCGCAGGGUGGAAAUUGCGCACACUUUGCGCCUUUCUGAGCGACAAAUCAAGAUCUGGUUCCAGAACAGGAGGAUGAAGUGGAAGAAAGACCACAAGCUCCCCAAUACCAUGAUCAAGUCUAACCAUUCUGUGAACCUCUAAAUGGCAGGGGGGUCCCCGACUCAAAACAAAGGGAACCCUGUCUGCCAAUGGCAUCCCUAGAACUGCUGAAAAUUCAAUUCAACUCUGUUUUUUUCUUUUUGUUUUGUUUCUAAUUUAUAAGACUUGGCUUGGUUGCCCGGCUCAUCCAGGAGAAGCCUGUAGAUAGAUUUCAGAUUUGGAGAAGAUAAAUCGUUGUUUCAUCUUUAAUCACCCCAAAGCCUGGCCCAUUUGUCAUGUUUACACUGCGACACAAAGGCUGAACCUCAUCUGACAGAACCAACACUCAUUUUAAUAAAUCAGACAGUCUGUCCCCACGACUGGAUAUUUUGUGCUGUAUCAUUGCUAUAUGUGGCCAAAUACAUACAAUGGAGUGCUAGCUCUGAGGGUUUCUCUUGUGUUCAUCUCAGUAGUAAUCUGUCACCCUGUGGAAUUGGAUCAGUUUGGGUCCUGAAGAUUUUCAAAUGUGGCUUCCCAGGAUCUCAUACACAGUUCUACCCUCCUGCUCUGUAAUAUAUAUAGUUAAAUAAAAGGACCCUGGAGAUCCAGCCUUUUCCCUAGAACAGUAAUUCCCUACCCAGUCUUAUUUUUAAAUGUCACGUGGACAAUGUUUUUACCUGUAUAUAUAGUUUACCAAUAAUAAAAUAUUUUUCCUCAA